UUGAAAAGAAAGUAGUUUGUGGUUGCCGCCUGUUUCACGUUUUUGUCUCCAAGCUCUAUAACAUUGAUAUAGGUAGACCCUGGUUGAGAGGUAAGGCUCCUCAUCCCCACAAUGGAGUGGACAAGUCCGGUUCUUGCAAUUGCUGCACUUAUCUUCUUCUUCCAAGCCUUCACAUGGAAAAUAAGGGCUAAGAACAAGAGAUUACCUCCUGGUCCGAGAGGCCUUCCGAUUCUCGGAAACCUUUUGAUGAUUGGGACCAAACCGCACCAUGAUCUUCAACGAUUAGCCCGAAAGUAUGGCCCAAUCAUGCACUUACACUUCGGUUUGAUGCCGGUAAUCGUCGUCUCGUCCCCGGAAGCUGCCGAGCUUUUCCUCAAGACACACGAUCUUGUUUUCGCUAGCAGGCCACCUCAUGAGGCUUCCAAGCGUAUUAGUUACAAUCAAAAGGGAGUGGUGUUCUCCCCAUACGGCUCGUACUGGCGCAAUAUGCGCAAGAUGUGCACCUUGGAGUUACUUAGUAACCAAAAAAUUAGUGCAUUCAGGUCCAUGAGGAAGCAAGAACUUGAUCUUUUAGUUCAUCGUAUUCGAGAGGCUGCUUAUGCUGGUGUUGCUGUUGAUCUCAGUUCCAUGAUCACUUCUUUAAGUACCGAUAUCGCUUGUAGAAUGAUCAUUGGAAAGAAAUAUAAUCGUGACGAUUUCAGUGAAAAAGGGUUCGAAGCUACACUCCGAGAAGGUAUGCAAGUAGGAUCUGCGUUUAAUCUAGCGGAUUACAUCCCUCAAAUUAGAGGACUGGAUCUUCAAGGGCAAACAAAGCGCAUGAAAGCAAUUGCCAAGGAUUUCGACGACUUCUUUGAGAAGAUAGUUGAAGAACAUGUUCAAUCUAAAGAGGAAAACAGAACCAAGGACUUCGUUGAUGUCAUGCUGGGAUUCAUGGGAUCUGAAGAAACUGAGUACCGCGUGGAACGAGACACUAUCAAAGCAAUCAUCUUGGACAUGCUUGCAGCUUCAAUGGAUACUUCGGGGGCUACGAUCGAUUGGACAAUGACGGAACUCAUCAGACAUCCACAUGUGACAAAGAAGCUCCAACAGGAAUUCGAAGAUGUUGUAGGCAUGAAGAGGACGGUUGAUGAAUCGGACCUGGAAAAGCUGGAGUAUUUGAACAUAGUUAUGAAAGAAAGCUUCAGGCUACAUCCAAUAGCGCCAUUGCUGGUCCCGCAUGCAGCUAGGGAAGAUUGCACGGUGAACGGCUUUCACAUACCAAAAGGCGCUCGCAUCUUGAUAAAUGCAUGGGCUAUAGGUCGGGACCAAAGGGUUUGGACCGACACCGACAAGUUUAAACCGGAAAGAUUCAUCGGAAGCGACAUCGAUGUUCGAGGACAAAACUUUGAGCUGAUACCAUUUGGUUCUGGUCGUAGAGGUUGCCCUGGAAUGCAAUUGGGUCUCACCAUCGUCCGGCUUGUGGUGGCACAAUUGGUUCAUUGCUUUGAUUGGAAACUUCCGAACAAUAUGCAGACAACUGAGUUGGAUAUGACAGAGGACUUCGGACUUGUUUGUCCUAGAGCCCAGCAUCUUCUAGCUAUACCAACAUGGCGUCUACAUACAUGAAAAUUAACGCCUUUCUAAUUUAACUCAUUUAGUUCUUGAAUUGUACUUGUUUCGAUCGUCUUCACCACUGAGA